GUCGCGCGCUGAUGACGACACGCGCAGAGGCGGUGCGGGUUUGCCACGUCGGUCUCUGUGCAACGCAUUUACACUGUUGCUCUUCCAGCCCAGGGCUAACUUUUUGUGGCGUUUAGUGCUCUCACCCUGAGAAAAGGCGACCCCCCCGGUGUCGCCCUCGCCGCUGUAGCCCGUCGCCACAGCAGCUCAGUCCAGGGAAUUGAAGCUGAAAGGCGGAGAAAUGCUCGGUACUGCCCGGACUCGCCGCACAACUGACUGAUGCAUCCUCGUCCAGCUCAGCCGCCCGCAUGUUGUCGAUGUUUUUGGCCUGGCAGUACAUGGUGGCUCACUGAGGAGGAAGGGGGAAGUCCCAGUGGCUUUUGGUUGGUGGGCUCUGCCCUUGGUUGCCACAGUAAUAGGCGACCAUGCCAGGGGGUCGCAGGGGUCCCAGCAGACAGCAGCUAAGUCGCUCCGCUCUGCCGUCCCUGCAGACUCUGGUCGGAGGAAACGUCGGGAAUGGUACAGGCCUCAGGAACAGGAGCAGUAACACGCUGGGUCUAUCUGCUCCACCCAUCUCAGCCCUCAUUACUCCGGAGCCAGUGCGUCACUCGAGGAUCCCCGAGCUGCCAUUGGACAGCAGUCUGCUGUUUGAGUUCCUGCUUUUUCUCUAUUUGCUGGUGGCCUUGUUUGUCCAGUACAUAAACAUCUACAGGACAGUGUGGUGGUACCCAUACAGCCACCCUGCUGCCUCUACCUCACUCAACUUUCAUUUAAUGGACUACCACCUGGCUAUCUUCAUCACAGUAAUGCUGGCCAGGAGGCUCGUUUGGACAAUUGUUUCUGAGGUGUCUCAGUGCAGCGGGGGGUCUCUGCUGCGCUACGUGCUUCUAAUCGCAGCUCGACUCAGCCUGCUGACCCUGUGCGGCUGGGUGCUGUGCUGGACGCUGGUCAACCUCUACAAGGAAAACUCUGUUCUUAACCUCCUCUUCCUGGGAUAUCCAUUCGGUGUUUAUGUCCCACUCUGCUGUUUCCAUCAAGAGGGAGGGAAAAGCCAGGUGGCACCAGCCGAUUGUGAUUACACAGCUGACCACCAGCAGACCGACCUAACAGAAACCCCCUUCUUCCGACCACGCGACUUCCUCUUCCUAUUACGAGAGAACCUCAGAGAGCAGUUUUCCAGCCCCCCACACACGCCCACACACACCUGCCCGCCACCCACACACUCUCACACACCAGAGCUGAUUCGAGCAGAGGUGGAGGAGCUGAAGAGCGACUUCAACCGGCGAAUCAAGGAAGUGCUUUUCAACUCGCUCUUCAGCGCUUACUACGUAGCCUUUCUGCCCCUCUGCUUCGUUGAGAGCACCCAGUACUAUGACAUGCGGUGGUCAUGUGAGCAUCUCAUCAUGGUGUGGAUCAAUGCAUUCGUGAUGCUGAUGAGCCAGCUGCUGCCCCCCAGUUACUGCGACCUGCUUCAUCGCUCGGCGGCUCACCUCGGCCGCUGGCAGAAGCUGGAGCACGGCUCAUACAGUAACACACCUCAACACAUGUGGUCAGAAAGCACCAUUUGGCCUCAGGGGGUGUUAGUACGACAUAGUCGAAGUCUGUAUAAGGCGGUCGGUCCCUAUAAUGUGGCUCUCCCCUCUGAUGUUUCCCAUGCAAGAUUUUAUUUCCUGUUCCACAAGCCGCUGCGGAUCUUGAACCUGCUGAUCUGGAUCGAGUCCAGCGUGGUUUUGUACCAGUUAUACUCUCUGCUGCGCUCUGAGCGCUGGAACCACACAUUGUCUCUGGGCCUUAUUCUCUUCUGCAACUACUAUGUCCUCUUCAAACUACUCCGAGACCGCAUCGUGCUGGGCAAAGCCUAUUCCUACCCUCUGUCCUCCAACAGUUUGGGGCUCAAGUCGCAGUAAAGACUACACGGCGAGGCCUCUCCUACAAACUCUGGACGCGGAGGCGAGACAGAUGGAGGCCUGAUGGAAGUGGAAGGCGCUUGGAGAUUAAGGGACAGACUUUAAACUCAUAAUUGUGUUUUGAUACGGUUCAAUUUUUAAUGCAGUGUUUAUAUAUAGACCUAUUUAAAAGAAUAUUUUUAUUUUGUAUACUAUUUCGAGUUACACCGGGCAUUACCACGCUCAUGUCAUUAGCAUGUUGUGUUAUGUUGUUGCUAGGUGACAGGGAAGUCAGGGAAUGCCAGGAAGUGACUUUUCACCAAAGAUAUUUUAAGUGCAGGCGGCCAAUGACGGCGCAGACUUUGCCUUUGACAGUCUGUUAAAACAGGCGUUCGAUUCAGAGCAGAGGGAGGUUUCAUGCUUGGGUCCUGAUUGUCCUUUAUUCUGCUUCAGUCUUAAAUCUGGACCCAGUCGUUUCUGGGGGCAUCAGCACGAUUCCUUCAUUUCAGUAUUGGUGCAGCUCUUCGUCUCUAAAAGGAAUAAUUUGGGAUUUUUGGGAAAUGUGCUUAUUGUCUUUUGAUCAAAGUUAUACACUCAAUCUGUUAACAUUAGCAAAUGCAAGAAAAAUGGCUAGUCUGACAAAUGUUUACCGUACCUUUUCAUACCUGGGAGUCAAAUCCUGCUGUUCUGCUACAAGUCUCUGCCGUCACAAAGAUGCACAUUAGUAAACUGCUUGUGUUUUGUCCUCCCCCUUUUGUUUUUAUUUACUUGGGGAUUGGCCAUUUUUCAUGAUUUGGGUUAAAUGUCCCUUUGCAAAGUUAGCUCUCUAAAGAAAAGCAACACUUAAAGGUUCCUAGUGUGUUUAAAUUUAAACACCAAGGGCUCCUGUACAGGCGUCGGUGUUAGAUAUAUCACUGUUUCCACUGCUGCAACCUCUGUAGUGACCCUAAAGGACUCUUUUUGUUUAUAUCUCUGAGAUGGCUUUAACAUAAUGGCAGAAUCUGAUUCCCUGUGUGUGAAACCUUUUUUUUUAUUUUUAUAUUUAUUUAUUUAAUUGAAACAAAAGUCAAAGGGUAAAAAUAAAUCUGUCCAGUCGGUACAUGUGAAACAUGUUCAUAUUAAUGAGCUUUAGGGGGUCAUUGUAGGUAAUUUUAGUGAUCUUUGGUUUGUGCAGGAUUGGCUGUUCCACUGUAUAAAUACUUAAACCUACGUUAAAAAGUCAGCUGAAGCUACUAUCGAGGCAAGAGUGUGAUAUGAAUCUUAUUAUCUAAAUGUAAAAGGAUGAGAACAUUUCCUAAGAGUAAGUAUUCCUUUAAGCAAAGUCUCAGUCUGUUAUUUUUUUACUCAAAGUCCAAUAAACUGUUCAUGCAAACUGA